GCAGGUGUGGGCCAGGCCCAGGCCCCCAGGUGCAGGCGGUGCCCGGCCCCCGUGGGACUUGGUGCUUCCCGCAGGCUGGGGCCGGCCGCUGGGCGGGGCAGGAGCCUGGCAGGGCCCGGAGCGACGGGGACGGAGCCGGUCCCCUAGCCCAGCCCAGCCCGUGCGCGGCGAUGGCUGGUGCCCCGCGCGAGCUCGAUCUCACCUUCCUCAGCGAGCAGGAAGCCCGGCAGAUUUUCCAGGUGCUGGAGCGGGACGCGGAGCUGAAAAGGGCCGAGCGGGACCGGAUCAGCAAACUUCAGAAGAAAAAGCAAGAUGUAACUGGACUACAGGGAGUGACAGGAGAAUGGUUUGAAGAAAUACAGAGAAAAAAAUUUCUGAAUGAAACUGACGUUAACAGAAUGUUAAAACGACCACUAGCACAUUGGCUAAGAAAGACAUCAAGAAAUGAUUCUAAAGAGUUUAAAAUGUCAUCUCCCCAAAAUCCACAAGCGCAAAAGAAUGUCUCACCUUCCAUUCUGGGAUUCAGAACUCCUUUCGCUUCACUCUUCUCCUUCAAAAAAUCAAGGAAGCACAGUUUAAAGCAUCAGACUCGGCAGCAGCCACGAUAUGACAGCUUUGCUCUGGGCGCUCAUACUUCUUCCAAACUUGAGGAAAUGGCACAGGCUGAAAUAUGCAACUCAUCUUUACCAGCUAAACUACCUGGUAAUUUAUUUGAUGCAACUCAAGCUGAAAUGAUGGAGGACAGUGCACCUAUAUGGAAUGAACAGCUAGAAAAAGAGUUCUUCCGUGUUCUAGGUGAUCUGGAUGACCAGCUGGCACAGGAACAAGCCCAAGAUUCAGUGAACAGAAAGCGUCUAGUUGACAGUGGACCAAGAGCACAAUAUCUGUUUCCCAGUACAAGCAGACAGACUGCUAUUAGGGGACGACACAGAAAUAACUGCAGUGAAACACCCAGCACAUUUUUCUCUGAUGCAACAAGAACAAUAAGAGCCAAAGAGGAUCAUAAAAUUUUCUACAGACCAAGGAAAUUUUAUGAUACAUAUAUGAACAGACGCCAUUCAGCCUCUAAAGAAGAUUACAUGCACAAGGAUUCAUUAGACAGUAGUUAUCCUGUUCUGAGCAGAAGGCUGUCUUCUGUAUCUUUUGGAGAGUCCUCAGAAGGUAGCUUGCAUCUUCCUUCCAUAAGACAGGGCAGUGGAUUUGGACACAACAGUUAUAUAGGCAAGAGUACAGUUGGGAGAAGUUACUCUGUGUGUUCUCUUCAGAGAUAUCCAUCUUCUGCAUCCCCUGACCCAUUUUCAACAACUAGUUUACAAAAUCUAUUGGCAACAGAGAACAACAGUGGAUUUGUACAAAGGAACAAUCGGCAAACCCCAAAGCGAAUUCCCCUCUCUUCUAUUGUAUGGAAUAAACCAUAUACUUCUGGACAUACAUCAAAUCAAGACAAUCUUUUUAGGACUCAAUCAUUAACGGAAUAUAAUGCCACAAAACAGGAUACAUAUCCUUGCCCUCUGCAUGAAAACAGAGAAUAUGAAUUUUACCGGUCAAAACACCAUUUCAGAAGAGCUGUGUCAAGUACUAAUUGGUUUAGUAGCGUCAGUUGCACAGACAAAGCUGCUACUUCAUUAUCCUUUGAUAACUGGGAGAAUUAUCCAUUAUGCUGGUUGGAAAACAACCUCUCUAGGUCCCACUAUAGAGAUACAGCUUGUCAUGGUAGGUUCCAAAUGCACCAAAAGAGUUCUCCUUUUGGAAGAAAAGAGGAGCACCCUUCCUGUUCUGAUAUUUAUCAGUACUACAAUGAUGAAGUGUUUCUUUCCCCUGAUGCUCACUGUGAAAUGAUUACAUCUAAUUUAAAUGACCAGCAAAGUGCACAUGCAAAGAAUGCUAAACUUGCUUCACAGUGCCGUCAGAGUGGCUUUCAAACAUGUGUGUCAGAGAACAGAAACAGUGCGGAGAUAUCAAGUGGUGCAAGUAGUAAACUGCUUUCAAAGAAUUCAAAAGGCCUUCAGAGCUGUCUCACUUAUAAAUCUGCCAUUACUUCACGCAGCAUCAACGCAGAUGUGUCUAAUGAGUCUGUCUUACUGGGUUCAAGGGUCAAAAUGAAAUUGGUAGCAGAGAACAGCAGUUCUGCCACUAAGGGUUCCCAAAGCGAGCCACAGCCUUUGGUUACCCAAACGAAUAUUAAGAAAGACUUUAAAAAAGCUGCUUCAGACAAGGUCAGAGACUUGGAACGAUCAGGCAAGGCAGACCAGAAGAGUAUUAAAGACAUAAUAUUACAGCCAGUUUCUCAGAAAGUGGAUACAAAAAAUACCAUUGAUCCCCAGAUUUCUCCUUCUAAUAAUGCUGCUGCCUUGCAAAACAGCACAUCUAUUCUUAAUUCACCUCUCUCACUGAGUUCACGCAGACAAACCCAGCUCACCGCUACCAGAGAGAUUACAAAAAAUAGCAUAUCAAAGAGUUGUAAAAGAAACCUACAAAGAAAGGAAAAUGAUCUUCCUGCUCACAGUGAACUUAAUCAGGCCCCUUCUCUUCUGUCAGUUGAUGAGAGCAGAAGGGGAUCGUUUCUUUCAAAUCUAAAGCAAUGGGAACAUAAUCUUUUUAAUUCAGCAAAAAGAAAAGGCAUUAAAUUAGGAAGCCAGAGAGCAGAAACUACUGAUCAUAUCACUCCUAAGGGAGAGUCUUUCCUGGUAGAUGUUCUACAAAGUAGUGCAUCAGUUCAUUCUGCUCCAAUUACUGAAACAUUGGCAAACCAUCAAAGCAUAUUGCCCAGUCCUCCAGAACUUCUGUCUCAUAGUUCACAAGGCUCUCUAGAAGACUUUUCUCAUAAGAGUUAUCUGAAAUCUUUAGAAACUCCAACUAAUUCUUCAGUGAAUUGCAGAGUUACUGAAGCUCCAGCAGAAGGUGGGAAAGUAGUUGAGUUGGCAGAAAUUGUUGCAAAAGAUAUUCCCCAGGAAAAACCCAAAGAUCAAAAUAUUUUUGCCAGUAAGGACCAUAAUAGUCAAUUAACUACUGGUGAUUCACAAAACAGGAACUGUGAGAAUAUUUAUGCACAUAGUUUUGACAGAAGCCCAGAGAUUGCAGAACGUAGUUUAAACUAUUUUUGUUUGGAAAGAGAAAAUGGAAAAACAAGACAAAAUGCAUCUUGUACUGAAAGUCUCUAUAGGCAAGGAAGGUUACUGAGACACACACAUAGUAGCAGCAUUUCUGGCUCUCCUCAUAAAAGCAACCCUAAGUCUCUGGAGCCUCCUGUCGUUUAUUACACUUUACCUAGAAAAUCAGCUAGCAUUGCUGGCAGUGUAAUGUCAGAUAUGUCCAUCUCUUUCCCUAAAAGCAAAACAGACAGGUGGGAUCAUGUAGAGAAGCAGAACUCAGACAGAACUGCUGCCUUUUCUUUUAAUCAAGAAGAUAAAAUAUCUUCUUUAGGAUCAGCGCAUUCUUCAAUAAGACAAAUACCUUUAGAUGGUAUUACAGAUAUCAAAGGAAAUGUCCUGCAAAUUAAGGAUCACCCUUUGUCUCUAAACAGGAGCCCUAACCACUCCAUAAGUGGAAGUACAGUAGUCUCUGAAUCAGAUGGACUUACAGAGAGAGAGAAACUUGUAAACAAAAAAGAAUCCCCUGUAUUUUCAGACUGUUUGGAAAAGGAAAUGGGGGAUUCUUUGCAGAAAUAUAGAACUAUUAGCACAUUUACAGUUUCUGGUGAUGAGGAUCAUGUUGAAUAUCACGAGUUGGUUUCAAUUUAUUACACCUUACCACGGAGUCAUUCAAGAACAUUGUGUAACCUCUUUCUAGACGAUCCAGAGAGGACAGCUUUACCUCUUUUCACAGAAAAAUCUAAAUCACCAAAAAUGCCAAACAAGAACUCUGAAGUUCAUAUGGGUUUAGCAAAUGUAGCUUUUCCUAGCACCUUAGAAAAAGAGAGACCCCCACAUACUCCUGAUCAAACUCCUGCAGCUUCAAUGACACCCCAGAAUGCAAAGACAGGAGCUAUUGACACUGAUCAGGAAAGCUCACAUUUUUCUCCCAGCACUGAGAAAGUAUGUACUUCACAAUCAAUGAGCAUUGUACAUAAUAACAAAGAUAUUUCACCAGGGCUUGCAUUAAAAGAAAGCACAUCUGUACUUCCUGACAUGGUGACAUCAGACAUUUCUAUUCGUGAUCCAGAAUCCACUGCAGAAGCAGAUACUUCUGUUAAGGCAAUUUCUACUGUUUCACACAACCAAAAUAUUGAUAUAUGCUUUUCUUCAGGUAAAGAAAGUAAAGAGAAGGAGGACAUAUUGCAUACUGACACACCGUUAAUCUCCACUUUGUCAACCCCCCAAAAACCCAAAGACCCUCCAGAGAAAGUUUUUAAUUUUACUUCUGCAAUUGAUAAUACUAAUCGUGUGCAAAACAGAGACUCCAAAAAUUGCCAGCAAUCUAUUAAAGUAGGAGGGAGUAACAAUCAGAAUAUUUUACCACCCCAGUUAGAUAAAAAUAGUUUCCAUGAAGGAAAAAGUCAUAUAGAGUCUGCAGUCAAUAAAACACCAAUAACCUCUGCUGAAAGUAAAUCUAGACAUGAUGCAGGAGCCAAAGAGAGAUCAGAUUUUCAACAGCAAAGCAUUUCCCUAUAUAACAAUAAAUGUACUGGAUUUCAAUUAGGAGCUGAAAGUUCCAGAAAUAGCACCGAUGAAGCAUUAAUUUCUGAUAGACAAAUGCUUCAAAAUUCACAUAACAAACCAUUUCAGCUUGGCACGGUUUCUGCAGCUAAACCUGUACUUCAACCAGCCAAAACAGGUAUCCCAGACACACAUGAGUUAGUGAGCCCCAAAACUAAACAAGAGCAAAUAUCCCUGAACACUCAGAUGGACAAAGAUUGCACUAGUUUGCAGAAAGCUGUGACGUACAGUGAAGAUAAACUCUCCAGUGUCACACAGAAUCUGCAAAGUGCAGUGAACAAAAAUAAGCUUAGGUCUGAUGGCACUAGAGAGAAAGUCAGUAAUAUAGAAAAAAGGAAAAACAGGCCCUCAGUUAAAAAUGAAGUGGCAGCCAUUUACAAAACAAGCCGAAAAUUUUCUAGUAAAAAUGUAAACCCCAAACCACACGUACGUAAUAUAUUUUCACAGAAUGAUGGAGGUACCACUUCGUUAGAGAUUAACAUGACCCACAGCACAUUGCGUUCCCCUGCUUCUACCCAGCCAUUUCUGCAAACUGGGAAUGAAGACCAGAAUCAAAAUCUGACCCCUGGUGUUUGUAACAGCCCUGUUCACAAAAUAUCUGAGAAGAAUAAGAGAUCACAAGCUAAUGAUGACUCUCCGUUGUUAGUUAAAAACAAGAAUCAAGGGCCUUUUGCAAAUUCAUGCAACCAGAGAAGAGAAGUCAACAAUCCCAAACAAAAUGAGAAUGAAGUGGAAAGCAUGCUGAGCCCCACAACCCUAUUUCCAAAGGAAAGAGCUGCAAGAAGUAAAAAUUCCCAAACACUUGGCCAGGGGUUGGAAAACAGAAAUCAGACCAUCUUUUCCAGAGCUACUGAAGCAGAUUCAUCAGGCAAUCAAAAGAGAACAAGUACUGGUAGUUCCUAUGAUCCUCUACUGUUGCCAUUUUUAACUGACAAAAACUCCAACCCGUUUAUAAAAAAUAUGCAGGCAAGUGUUUGUAUUCAGAAACAGGUCCUUUCCCCAGAUGAGCGUGAUCAUGAUCAAAACCACCAUCGGUCAAAGAGUUUAAAAAAUGCACACCUGCACAGUAAUCAGUCACGCAUAAGUCAUGCAAAGAAUCAACGUGAACGUCACUUUUCUGAAAGCACCUAUACUCAAGAUUCCCAUGACAACCCUGGCUCUGGAAGUAACUGUCUACCUAAAGAAAGCAGGUACAGUAGAAAGUUUAAAUCUUAUUCCGAGCUGUGUUCUUGUGAUGAAAAUGAAAACUGGGCUUCGUAUGAUAAGAGGAAGACCACCUACGGCACUAGCCGUGUGAUGUAUCCUUCUAUUGAGUUUGGUAUAUUUGGAAAAGAACAACAACUGGCGUUCCUGGAAAAUAUCAAGCGAUCGCUCACAGAAGGGAGAUUAUGGAGACCAUGUCUUCUUAAAAACCCUGGCUUUCUGAGAAGUGAAGAGACUGAUUCUUUAAAGAGGGCUGAGCUCUUGAGCUCAAGUUCUGCUAGGAGCAAAAUGUCAGUAGAUGCUUCAUCCCCAAGAGACCCAAUUGACAUCUAUGGAGAAGAACUAAUGGUUUAUUCAGACUCAGACACUGAUACCACCACAGAUGAUGAAUACUAUAUUUGUGAGACUGAUAAAGAAUCAGAAUUGUGAGCUCCUCUAAUACAAGAGUGAGAGUGAGAUUUGGGGGGAGAGAUAGCUCAGUGGUUUGAGCAUUGGCCUGCUAAACCCAGGGUUGUGAGUUCAAUCCUUGUAGGGGGCCAUUUAGGGAUCUGGGACAAAAACUGGGGAUUGGUCCUGCUUUGAGCAGGGGGGUUGAAGUAGAUGACCUCCUGAGGUCCCUUCCAUAAACAUGUAACACAUUUUGGGCCAGAUCCUGUGCUGGUGUAAAUCAGUGUUGGUCCAUUGACUUUAAUGAAGCUAUGUUGAUUUCUGAAAGCUCAAUUUGGCCAUUUUAUAUUUUAAAAGUAUUUAAAACUGUUAUUUUCUUUUGCAAGCAAAAGAUAAAUUCUCACAAAUCUUUUCUUAAAAAUAUGUAUUUUAUUAAGAAAAGGAAGAUGAACGUGGAGCUUUUUAUUGUGUAAUGAUAUGGAAGUCUCUCCACUGACUUCAGUAGGAGCUGGAUUGAGCUCUUAUAUGCUAAGUGGCCAGGUACGCACCCCCCCCUUUUGGGCAGAACAAAGGGGGAAAACACCCUAUUGAGGCAAGGCAAAAACUCUAAAGAAGAGCAUGACAGAUGCAUGCAGUACACUUUCACUACUGGAAAUUGGGUUCAAAUCCUUAAUACGAUAAGUACAGAUGAGUGAUAGUAUGCUUUUAAAGCAUCAUAUGGAAGACAUAGGGUUGAAAUAGCAACGGUCAUUGCUGGCUGGGGCUGAGGUGCAUUGCCAGGGUGGCUUCCUUUGUCCUGGGGAUGAUUCUAGUUUCUAAUAAUAAUGUGUCACUUCACAGAGCACUAAAUUGAACCAGAAUUUUAAAAAAUUCUGUAACUUAGUUCUCUUCUGUUUAUUUCCUGUGUUUCAUUUCCUACACUUCAUGAGCUCAGACCUUAGCUGCAUGUAGUUCAUGCUGAGCACAGCACUGUUAGUGGGAAAGCAAAGGUGACUCUAAAUCACUUUUCCAUCUCCCCUAGCCCUCAGCCCAACAGGGGGCUAAAACAGUCCUUAACAUAUCUUAGAAUAGCCCAAAAAGCUACUGUAAAUGGCACCAACAAAGCAGUCCUAGGAACUACUGUGCUGGCUGAAGAUUGGGCAGAGUGCUGUACUUUCUGGCCCCAUCUUUCCUCUUUUCCCCCUCCCCACUAUACCCCUUACUCUGAGGGAAGGAGAGUGCUGGAUGAAGCCUCAGCCGUCUGCGUAAGACGGUUUAAAGGGCCUCUUACACCACUCUGGUGGGCACUUAAUGAGGCUGAAAGAUCUGGCCCCAUAAGCCAACAUUGUUAUUGUUUUUAAAUAGCUGCAAUUUUUUCUGUAUGUAGUGAAGCAUGUCAGAGCUUGAGGAGGAACAUUUUUUGACAUGUUGUGUCUCGCAUCUUCCCUAAAUUAGCAUCUCCCUUUGGUAUUUUUCCAACAUGCUCUCUGUCAUUGCAAUACCUUUCAUCCUUCGAAUAGAAAGGCUAUGAAUGUUUUCCCUGAAGCUGUUCUCAUACCACUUUACUAAAUGUUGUAUCGGCAUUACACAGUAGCCAAAACCCACACCGGGCCCUGAAAUCUUGAACUGAGCUUUCAUCUCUGGCCACUCAAAAUCACAGUAGCUCAGAGCCAGAAGAUCACAUACGUUUAUUUGUACUUAAUCUUUACUAACUUCACAUCUGGUCUCUAAUUAAUCUCAUUCCAGAUUCUGUAAAUUUUUUCAUUUAAUAAAGUUCUCUAAGACACAAAUUAUAUUUAUAUAGCUGAAAAGACAAUGGCGUGAUAUUUUAAAGUAAUAUAUUUUAGGCAAAGCAAGCAAAGUUUGUAUCACUGUAUGCUCCACAUGAAAAAUAUUGUAUUAGACAAUUGGUACCCUUAUUUUUGAUAUUGUAUACUUCGUUAAAGAAGUGGAGCGGUAGUUUGAAAGAGUUUUGAUGUAUAAAUAUUGUUGUUACAUACUUUGAUAUUUUCUUUGGUUGUACAUAAGACUAAUAUAAACGACAUAUUUAUAUUCAGAAUUGUUCUUUAGGUGGUAUCUAUUUUGGAAUGAUUUGCACAUACAGACUGAUGCACACAGCAUUGGAAGGAAAUAAUUGCCAUGUAAAUGUAAACUUGUAAAAUAUGCUGUUCUGAGAAAUGCUAUGACUAUUUUAUGUACAUGGUUUUACACCAUAUAUACAGGGUUCCAUACCAUAAGAUUAAUAAACCACUUAAUACUAAGUAAGGAUUUUCUGUUAUUAUACGUUUACAGGGAGAUAAAUGGUCAUAUGAUUUGCUCCAGUAAAAGUGGAUUAUUUGAAUGUUCAUACUUGUAAAUAUUUUCUACCCAUAUGGUGGAUUUUGGACUAAGUUCUCAUGUUGGAUGCAUAAAGGAGGCUUUCAUUAAAUACAGUGCUAGGUAUAUGACGAAAACAAGGAGCCAUACAAAGAAAUCAAAAUUAGUUUAGAAUUUGGUCCUAAAUUAGUUGUGCAAGACUGUGGUGGGUCAGAGUGGCUGGUAACUAAUGUUUACAUAGGGCUGAUGUAAUUUUGUUAAGAGUCACUCAUAUAAAAACAUGAAGUCAAAUUCAUCCCUUUCAAUAAGAAGAUACCGCUCUCCUAAAUUGAAUGGAGCUACACCAUCUUUUGCCUAGUGGUGAAUUUGGCAUGUUAUGUCUUCUACACCUUCUCUUUAGCUAUAAUAUAUUCUAUAAAUGCUUAUAUAUUAUAGGAUAUUAAUACUGAAAAUGACUGGUUUAAAAUAAAUGGUGCAUACUGCUUAAUAAAUGUUUGUACUGGUUUCAUCUGUGCACUCUAACUCAUGCUUAAUUAUUUUAUGCUUUUACAAUAUCUUAAUGCUGCUUUCGGGAUGCUGAUGCCAAACAAUGCUAAGAGCAUUGCUAAAUAAAAAAUUUAGAAUUAA